CUAGGGCGUUGCUGUGUUCUUGAACCGAGAGGAUGAAGUGGGCAGGCAGUGAGUGUGUAUGUGUGGGGAAGGGCAUGGUUAGGCGAGGGAUGGCACUCCCCCAAGGGGAAUUUUCAGGGGUCUGAGCCCGACCCUGGGGUGCUUUCUAGAGAGAUGACCAGCUUGGGUGGAGAAGUCAGAGUUCUACCCUCUUCUCAAGGGAAGCCGCCUGGCAAUAUUAAGCUGAGAGAAUCAGGUUUAUGUUGGAUGGAUUCAUCUGGUCCCAGGUGGUGACCUCCCUGUGAUACUGAUGAGGAACAUGGCGGGCCAGUCAUUUCCUAAUGUGGCAGUUUUCCAUAUGAGUCUGUUCUUCCUCUUCCAAGGGAUCCAGGGCAGUAACCACAAAGAUGAGUUCAGGUUCUGUGGGCAAAGGAACCAGACCCAUUUCAGCAGCUUGAAAUACAUUCAAAGUCAUUCUCACCACAUUGUCAUUGAGAAUACAGAGAAUUUCUUAACAAUCAAGGCUCCAUUUCCUGCCAAAGACUCCCUGUCCUGGCACUUCCCUUUUCCCCGAGGCCCGUAUCAUUUUUGCCUCUACUGGCUUCCAAAUGCCAAGAAGUUCCAACUCACUUAUGGCAAGACCACUUAUGAGCUGAGUGACCAGGCCCGCCAGUUUCUGUGCUUCAGCCACCUGGAGGUUGCAGACUUGGGGCAGGAGCCCUUAUUGCUCAACCCUUCCUACAGCUCUUGGAGAAAACCACAGAACACCAGCCUUCUGAGUAGCCAUCGAUACAACUUCCACUUCCAUGAUCCCCCUGGUGAUGUCUCUUCUCACAAUGGGUCAGUGGACAUGUGUGACCUGAAACGAGAACUACAGUCACUUAGCGUGCUCUUGAGCAACCCUGGAAAAGCCGGCAGGAAACCGGCCUCCAACAGCAAGCAUCUCCAGAACUUAGAGUCAAAGUUGGUGGGCGUACACUUCAAUGGGGAUAAGGCUUCCUUUGAAGAGGAGAAGAUCAAUGUCACUGUGUGGAAACUGAGUCCAGAAGUGAAGGAUCUGCACAUCCAUUCCAAAGUGGAGGUGGAGCAGAGCACGGUGCAAAAGUACUCCGUGAAGCUGCCUGGUGCCCUCUUCACAAAGGCCAAAGGCAGGCGAGGAGAAGCCAACAAGAGGCUCCUUCUCGUGGAUUUUAGCAGCCAGGCCCUAUUCCAGGAUAAAAACUCCAGCCAAGUCCUCGGAGGGAAAGUUCUGGGUAUUGUUGUACAGAACACCAAGGUGUCCAACCUUCAGGAGCCCGUGGUCCUUACCUUCUGGCACCAGCCACAACCAAAGAACGUGACCCUACAGUGUGUGUUCUGGGAAGACAACUCAGAAUCUGGGAGCUCAGGGAGUUGGAGUGAUUCUGGCUGCAAGACCAAGGUUGGGGAGACAAACACUUCUUGUUUCUGCAACCAUCUGACUUACUUUGCUGUACUGAUGGUCUCCUCCGUGGAGAUGGAUGUCGUCCACAAGCACUAUCUCACUCUGCUUUCCUAUAUCGGCUGUGUCAUCUCAGCCUUGGCCUGCAUCCUGACAAUUGCCAUUUACCUGUUCUCCCGGAGAAAGCAGAGAGACUACACCAUCAAAGUCCACAUGAACCUCCUGCUCUCUGUCUUCUUCCUGGACCUGAGCUUUCUACUCAGUGAACCUGUGGCUCUCCUGGAGAAUGAGUUGGGCUGUCAGAUCAGCGCCAUCUUCCUGCACUUCUCUCUGCUGGCCUGCCUCACUUGGAUGGGCAUCGAAGGCUAUAAUCUCUAUCGACUGGUGGUGGAAGUCUUCAGCACCUAUGUCCAUGGCUACUUGGUCAAGCUGUGCCUCGUGGGCUGGGGGCUCCCUAUCUUUUUGGUGACAGUGACAGCAUUGGUGGAUGGGGAGAACUACGGCUCCAUCAUACUCACCGUCCAGAAGUCAUCUGAAGAUAUUAUCUACCCUUCCAUGUGCUGGAUUAGGGACCCUAUUGUCAGCUACAUCAUGAACCUGGGCUACUUCUGCCUGGUGUUUCUGUUUAACGCCGUGAUGCUGGGCACCAUGACCGUGCAGAUACUGCGGCUGAACCAGCGUGGCCAGAAGUGGCAGCAUGCCCUCACCCUGCUGGGGCUCAGCCUGGUCCUGGGCAUCCCUUGGGCUUUGGUCUUUUUUGCCUUCACCUCUGGCAUGUUCCAGUUGGUUGUGCUUUAUCUCUUCAGCAUUAUUACCUCCUUCCAAGGAUUCCUGAUCUUCCUCUGGUACUGGUCCAUGAAGCUCCAGGCCAGGGGCCCCUCCCCUCUGAAGAGCACCUCGGACAGCGUCAAGUUACCCAUCAAUUCUGGGAGCACUUCUGGCAGCCGCAUCUAGGCACUGAGGGGACCUACAUGCCCACUCCAGAUAAGGGAAGAGGAGAAAAGGCGAAAACCAGUUUUCCAUGCUCCACUUUCCUCCUUCUCCCACCUUUCACUGCCCUUGGUUCAUGUGUGGACUUUCUUAGUCUCUCUCACUGGAUUUCUCCUUCAUAGUCCUGAUAAAUGUUCUGGGGGGUUAGUGGAGGCUUUCUCUGGUCCCAAGAGUGACUUAUGAUGACUGUAGAGAAAAGAAAGACAUGUGAUGCAUGUGAUGAAAGUCAUCUUCGGUGGUAGGGUGGGAAGAGAAGCUAAUAGGCUUGAAUGGAAUGAUGGGAGAAAAGAAAUGAGAUGCUUUCUUGGCUGUGACAUUUGUCAGCUGUUCUAUAAUCCCACACUGAGGCUAAAGCUUAACACUGAGCUUUAGACACUUCAGCUUUAGCUUGGAGACCACACCAAAAAUAUUCCCUGAUCCAUUCUCAGAAGGAACCAAAAGGUUAGUUCUAGGUAAAUAGUCUAGACUGAACUACCUUUUUCUGAGUUUGUUUCAGAUUUCAGCUCAAGAUGUAGUGGGGGGAACCAUUCUAACAAUUAAAAUUACCCCAAAAUAGAAUAGAUUGCCUCAUGAUGUAGUAGGUGGAAGUGUUCAAGUCGAAGGUCAAUGAAAAAAUAUUUGUCAUGAAUUUUUCAGAUGGAAAUUCUGUCCAAAUAGAAGAAUCCCAGCAAGCUCAAAGUGCUGUAGAAGGUCAUAGAUUUCUCCAGACCAAUCAUGACCUGGGAUUGGCAGUGACUUCUCAGGUCCCAACUCAUUCCUUCCUCCUGUCUCAGUAACGAUAUGGGGCAGAAAUGUCAGUCAGAGCUCAGAUAUUGAUAGAUCUAGAAAGCUUCUGCCAUCCUCUGCCUCAUACCCCAACACCAUAGGAUUAUGGAGCAUCUUUCCCUGCGAUCUUCCUCCAAUUCUGAAAUUAAGAGCCCUUAGCCAAAAUCCCAUUCUCACCAUUCUCAUUUUUAUCUAUUUUUUCUAAUAUGAGGUCAAAUCAAAAUGCUCCAUGGGGAGUAGUGAAGAGUGUGUGUGUAUGUGUGUGUAUGUGUGUGUGUGUGUGUUUGUGUGUUAGCUGAAGCUCAAAAAUGAAUAAGGGGAGAAAGAAUCUUCUCAUUUUUACAGCUAGAGAAACUGAGGUUCAGAGAGGGCUGUGAUAUGUGAUGGUCACAGAGUCAGGUCUCCAUCUUUGCUCCUUCUCUACUACACUGCCUUUUCACCAGACCAAAUCUCUCUUCUGAGCCCCCAAGAACAAUCAGGAGUGGGAGAUUGUGGUCUAUAGUCUUGUCUCCUCCAGAGACAAGCUCCCACUCUUCCCAUCUCCAGUCAGUCCACCAUCUUGGGAUAAUUUUUUCUUAGCUGUCAUGCACUGUGGUCAUUGUAUAUAUUUUUACAUAUUGUACAUAGUCUGUGAUUUUAAUCAAAAACACUCCUUCCUCUGACACUGGUUCAUUAAAGAAUAUCUGUUGCCAACCUUCCCAGAUUUCUUUGAAACUACUCUGCCUCUCCCCCACCAAACCCUAUCCCCAAAUAGAUGGAUGCAUGAUGGAAAAUAAUUCAAUCAAGCAAAGGGCAGAUUAGUCCUUCAUUAACCACACCACAGAACAAGCAUUUUGGAUCCAGAAAAUUGGGACAAGAUUGGAAGGAGGGCACCGACUCUAUCAAGUCCUCUGACAAAAGUUGGAUCAUCGCUUUUAGAGAAAAAGGUCUUUAGUGAAAUGGAUGUUCUGGGUGUGAACUGGAAUCUGGAGGACCUGGGGUUCAAGUCCCUCCCAGUGGAUCUCCCUGACUCUGGGUCAUCAUCUGUAAGAAGGCAUCGGGAUAGACAGCCUUUGAGAUCUCUUUUCAACUCUGAAUCUAUCUUGUCAUGAAAUCCACCUUGUGUAUUUUGCAGAUGAGGAAAUAUCUGGUGGCUGGUGGCAGAAUGACUUGUCCAAAGUGAUAUAUAGCAAACCUGGUAUUUGAACACUUUCAGACCAUGUUGCUUCUUGGUGAAAGAAGUCAGGAAGGCUUGAAGGAUGACGAAGGCUCAUGCUGCUCCAGCACCCUCAGAAGUUCUCCAUCCUAGUUGCCCUCCUUAAAGGGUCUGCUAAGAGAGAGCUGGCUAGUCCAAUGAGCCAAUCUGGGCGCAGCUACAGGUUAGCAGUUUGGUCCUCCUAUGUAACAAAGGCCUUGACUUGGGAAUUUCAGCCAGCAGGCUGAUGGCCAAGAUCUUUUGAAUCAUCUUCCUGAGAAUAUUAGAACUUGGAGGGACUUUUGAGGCAGAUCAUCUCAUGACAGGAUCAUAGAAUUUAGAAACAGAAUCUCUAGUUCAUUCCCUUUUUACAGAUGGGAAAACUGAGAUCUAGAGAGGUCAAGUGGCUUGCCUAAAGUAAUACAGCUAUUAAGAGGAAAAUAAUAAUUAAGCACACUUUCUUUGACUCCAAAUGUAGGAUUAAUCCCAAUGUACCCCACCAAUACUCUCAUUUUAUAUGAGGAAAUUGUGACCCAGAAAGGGGGAAAGAGUGAUUCUAUGUUCAUAUCAUGAGCUAGCCAAGACUGGAAAUCAAACCUUCACUCUUCUAACUCUCAGAUUAUGAUAUAGAGGCAACCUCCUAUUUUUCUCUCUGUGUUUCCAUUCCCUUUACCAAGAGAUGGCAGAUCCCUGCCUAAGAGAUCCCUGUCCCUAAAUUCUUAGUUCUCCUAUUUAAAAGAGGCACAAGAACUUUUGUAUCAAGGGUAAAAAUAGAAGGGAAGUCAAAAGGGACAAUUGUCUAAAAGAGUCUAGCCUAAAAUGUAGUGCUCUGGGUCUCCCUCCUUCAAGAGAGAAUUCUCGAAGAAGAAGGUCCAGGAGAUGGAAAUUACAGUAGGACCCUGGAUGUGGCAGCCCAGGCUCAUGGAAGAUCU